AUGCGUCUCCUAGUCUCCCAGUCUCCCGCUAUUGGGAUUCCGUGUGGAGAGGGGAUGGGCUCGGCUGCAGGCUGUGAUUGGUGUGACCGGUUACCUGGUCCCGCUCCUCGGCCUCGGUACCAGGUUAAUUCGCUUCUUGCGACGCCCGCUCGUUCGACCCAUGGCAACCCUCCCCCCGUCAUCCUCCAUCCCCAAUCCUGCCCAGACGCUCGGGCCGGCCGCCAGCCAGAACCCAAAGCGAGUCUGACCUGGGACCGGCGGGCUGGUGCCCUGGCAGACUGCCCUGGGGUCCCUGGAACGCUCGAAUGUCCCGGGCAGCGUGUCCCACCCGGCGGCUGGUACGAUCCAUCCAUGUAUGCACGGUGGUCUCAAUCGUUUUAG